AUAAAUACCUGCAACUUCAGAUGCACCUCUGGUGGGACUCUUUCCCUUUCAAGCCCAGAUCGAUACUUACUACCAAAGACCUGGCCCGGAUUCCACUUCCCACGCUCCUCUCCAAGAUCAGCAUCAUUCCACCACUCAAACCCCAACAGAACACAAGCGGUAUUGAUCCUCCACAAGAUGGAUACUCUCAUUCAGCGAAUUGUCGACACUUACGCUGAAUGUGCCCCCACGUAUGAUGAGGAGGUCACCCAGUUCCCGUAUUACCAGACGCUGAAGAAUCUCGUCUUCACCUUUGAUUGGGCCGGCUCCGUGCUGGACCUUGGUUGCGGGACCGGCCUCCUCGGGCAGCUGCUUUACGAGAAAGGCGAGCCGUUCACCAUCAUGGGGGUCGAUCUGUCGCCCGCCAUGACUGCAAGCCCGUCCAUCAGCAAGUACUACGAAACACCCAUUACCAUUGGGACAGUUCAAGAAGCCAUUACCCAGCCACUUAAAGUCAACCAUGUUGCUUGUUUCGGGACCCUGACUUACCUGAACGACAACGAAUUUUUGACCUUCUUGGAGCGGGCACUGGAUGUGGCACAGAGAUCCAUCACGUUUGACAUGGAGGACGUGUCGGAGGAGUACCGAAAAAAGAUGGCAGAAGACAACACGAUCCUACCAUGCUAUAACCACACCAAGGCUUGGAAGGCGUGGAAGGAUUCCAAGCUGCCAGCUGGUUGGGGAGUCGUCUAUGACGAAUAUGGACUGCAGUAUCACGAUAACCAUGAGACGGGCUGUGAUAUCAGCGACACGAUGGUUCGGCUGGAAAAGGCGGGAGACUAG